AUCAACCUUUCAUUGCUUUGCUGGCCUCAAGAUUCAUGGAAUGUAGAUGCAUCCAACUUAUACGCCAUGCCAAUUGUCAUUAUCCAAAUUACAGAAUUCGAGUGUGGUGGCUUGGCUCUAUCCUUGAGCCUCGUGCACAUUGCAAUGGAUGGUUACUCAAUUUUUACUAUUAUCAACGAGUGGUCCAAAGUGUGUAGACUUGAGAUUCCUGUAGAGAAGAUCGAUUUCAUGAGCUUUAAUUUGGUUGAUGUAUUCCCAACGAGAGAUUUAUCGAAGCUUCUCUUGCCUCGUGUUCCUCCAUUAGAUCGUGUGGAGUCUAAAUUAGUAGCCAAAAGGCUAUACAUCAACGAAGAUUCCAUUUCAAGGCUAAGAAAAGAAGUCGGUGGAGACUUAUGCACCUUUAAGCCGUCAAGAGUUGAAAUGAUCAUGGCCCUCCUAUGGAGGGCUUUAAUCCGUGCUUCAGAAAAAAAGCACGGAUAUCUAAGACGUUCUCUAAUGAACAUCCCAAUAAACUUGCGCACUAGGUUGAUUUCUUUACCUCAAGUAGAAAAAUCUUUUGGGAAUCUUGGAGUUGACGCCCCUAUAAAAUUCAUACCUGGGGAGAACAAGAUGGAGUUGCACGAAUUCGUCACAGUAAUUCAUGACACUGUGAAGGAAACUAUUAUUACUUGUGACAAGACUUCACCGGAGGACAUAGUGUUCGCGGUGGCAAAUAUAUAUAAUGAAAGUUUUCUAGUACAAGAUUGGGGAGGAAGUAAUGAAGUUGAUAGGUACGUAA